GAGAACUUGCGUGGUUUCGGUUUGUUCCUCUUGUUCUUUCUUUUCUUUCAACUUCUUCGCUCUGCUUUUCUUCGAGUUACAUACGUUUAGUGGCACUAAUAGCGACAGUGGUCGAUUCAAGAAAAGUUAAAAACUGUGCUACUUCUGCUGAAGAGAAGCGUAAAAGUUGUAAGAGUGGAGGGAAGAAAUCGAUCUAGAGGACAUGUCACAGUGUCACUGCACAAACAUCAGGAUGUCAAUCGCAGUGGAUACGUGACAAAAAUUGAAUUGGAAUUGAUGGAAGCUCCGGAUGACAGGAUCCUCGUUGGACCGAUACCAUCUCAAUUGAAUAUCACCGGUGAAAUUAAUUCAACUUAUCCGAAUGGCAGUCCAGAACUAGGUGCAGUUAUACUCAGAGCUGAAGAGGCCUUGAUAGUUAUUUUCGUACUCUUUCUAUGGGCUGCGGCAAUUGCAUUAUUCUUCAAUCGAUGGGGCAAGAUAAGAAUGUUGGAACCAUCUCAACCGAAAUUCCUGCCACAAGACGAACAAAAUUGUACCACGAUUGAACAAAAUCAACUACAGAACCGACGCACAUUCUCGAAAUGCAAUAUUCUUUGCGAAGAGUGUCCAAUAAGGCACGACUCGAACUACGCUUUGGGACAAAUGAGACCGAGGCAAAACAGUGCGUUCAUUGGUUCCAGCGUGUCCUUUCUCCCAGGUGGCGGAGGUACAGCGCGUCGCACGAAAAGCGCGUUCGACCUUCAAUUUUCCGUGUUUACGGAAAAUAACACGCUCGACUCCUCCAGUAAACAGGAUACUUUAAAGAAUUUUAAGCCGGCCUGCGAUUCCACGAAAUUAUUGCUAGACGAACGAAAGACAAGCGUCUAUCAGCUGGACAAAACCGGGACAACCAAAUCUUUUUGUCGAAACAGAGGAAUAAGUGUUUGUCAAUUCGAUGCUUCGCCAAAAUUAUGGCAACGAGAUCGUGGAAUGAGCAUCUGCCAGUUCGAUAGGAUGGAGGUUCUCGCCAGGCCAUUGCAGAGAGAUCGCGGUGGAAGUAUCUGUCAAUUCGACAGAAUGGACGUAUUAGCCAGAUCACUGCAGAGAGAUCGCAUGGGUAGUGCUUACCAUUUUGACAGAAUGGAUGUGUUGGCCAGACCUAAUGUAACUCUUGAUAAAUUCUUGUUGAGAGAAAAACGCGUUAGUAUGUGCAACCUUUUGGGAAAAAAUGAGAAAACGACAGAAGGAAUUCAAAUGGAACGGCAUUUAAGCAACGGCAACGUUGGGAAAAUCGGGGAAAAAGAUACAUCGGGCGAGGAAGAGAGAGGCAGGAUUAUGGCGGAGGAACAAAAGACAUUUAUUAAACAAAUACCCAAAGAGAAGAAAAAUAGCUUUUGUCGAUCGAACCAACCAUCUUGCAGCCAAACUUCUGAUACUGCAUUUGGAUAUAAAGGUACUUGCGUGUAGCGUGAGAACUUGUAGAAUUCGUCAAGGAAAAGCUGCAAUUGUGUGACACAAUUUCCAAGAUAAUGGUUUUGUUCGGAAACGAUCUCAAGAUUGACAUUCUUGCGAAUAUAUCAUACAUAUGUAUGUAUAUAUAACGAAUUAAUUACUCGUUUUGAACAGAAUUAACAUUGUAUUUAAAUAUUAAGUAUGUAUAUUGCUUUUGAUAUGAACACUUUCAGUUCGCUUAUAGUGUUUCCUGUAAAUGAAAUGUUGGACAAAUUUCUAAGAGAAACAUAAAAUUAAAUAUGCAUUGUACAGAAUAACCCAGGUUAGUAUUUUACCAAAUUAUUAAGAAACAAAUAUCUUACACGUAUUUUUAAAUUUAUAAGGAGGAACGACUUGUUACUGAACGAUCGUACUAAAUUUAUAUGAAAAAAUUAUAUAAUCUGUACAGCUAACAGCUAAAAAAUAUUUUGUCAGGAUAAAAAAAUGUCAUGGAAAUAGAUGAAAACUACAAAUUACAAUAAAAUUCAAGGAAUUAAAAAAUAAUGAUAAUAAACGUGAUAAUCUGUCUUUCAAAUAUAGAGGAAAGAUACAAAUAUCUCGUAUUUUAUUUAUUCUUUCGAAUUUUUAUUAUGUUAUUCGAAUUCAUUCUUAUCCUAUUGUAUAUUUAUCCAUUAGUGAUGAAUAAAAUUUGAUUUAUCAUUUUUAUUCGAAUUUUCAGUAUCCAAAUAACUUUUUUACUAUAUCUUACUAUCCCUUACUAUAAUGUAAUAAUGUAAUAAUUUGAAGUGCGAGUACUAAAUGAUAACAGUUGCAACGUUGUAAAUAAGUAGUUGACCGGAUUUAUAAAGAAAGAUAUUCUUUUAAGCAUUGCAAUUUAUACUUCUUUUCUCAAACGAAAUAUAUUUACCAAAAUCUACUAUAGUUUUAGUCUUCAGCUAUUAAAGUGAAAAAUAUUCAAAGAAUAUUCGAUUUCAAAAACUACAGCGAGUCACGAAUAAAGCGACUAAUCAUAUUCAAAAUCAUAUAGUAAAGGUAUUGUUGAAAAGAGAAAUUGAAUAUACUAAAUAUUCUGCCGUCUUCCAUAUAAAUUUAUUACAAAAAAAUUUUAAUUUAUUAUUUAGUUACAAUGCAUCCAUUUAUAACUGUCAUCUACUGAAAGACUAGCUAUUAAAUGUUGUACGGGAAAGCCGUUUUAUAUUUCCAAGUCAACCGUGUUUUAUAUCUCACAAAAAGCAACAUCUACAUAUUCCAGAGUGGCAAUAUAUUUUUAAAUGCAAACUACUGUUAAGCAAGUGCUACUUGUAUAAUUAUCGAAAAGAUAAGUUAUCCAUUGAUUUAUGUUAUUAUUUACUUUUUUCUAUGUAAUUUAUGUAUAAUUUGAGACCACUUCUGCAAAAAGAACCUUGAUAACCUUAUAUCACUAUAUAUAAUUAGCUAUUUAUAUAAUUUAUAGCAUUUAAUUUCCGACAGUCUAGUAAUAAAGUUUCAUCUCUUCAAUUGUAGAAAAACCUGGAACUUUAACAUUCUUCGAUCGUCUAAAACCUCCAUUUUCCAUCAAAUAUGUUUUUGAAUUAGAAAAGUUCGUUUGCGAUAGAUAAAUAAUCUUUACCACUAAUUGUAUCUAUAUGAAAUCUAAAUUUGUGAGUCUUUUCAAGCGCAAUAAGUAUUAUUAAGUUUUACUGCAAAAUAUUACAUCGUUUACACAGAAUUAAUCACAUUUAUGCAAAAUUUCAAAGUGUAAUAUAUAAUAAUAAAUAAUAAUAAUAUAGUGCAAUUUUUCAGCGUUUCUUUAUUAAAAUCAAAAAUCAAAUUAAAACUUAAGAAAAAUAUUCCUCGGGCCCAGCAAACUUCUCUACACGAACCUAUGGAGCAUCCUAUGCACGAGAGCCACAGCGAGUCUCAAGUUCAAUAAUGUCCGCCAAUUUACCUCGUAUCGUAAUGAAGAAAGCUAUAACUAUAUAACAUCCAGUAGCACACAGGACUCUGUAUAUUACACAUUAUUUCGUUAAAAAAUUAGCGUACCUUAUACACGCAAAUUUUCUCUGUGAUUCUUUCGUUGCACUUAUGUAAUGUCCCCAGUUUGCCGCUUUCAAUUUUUAACUAAUUUCACGGAAUUUCCACCAAAAGCUUUUCGCUUUUAUCUCCGAGUCACGGGUGCCCGUGUCUUCCUUGAUUCGUUUUGCUCGCUCGAAAUUUUAUCCCAGGCUUUAUGCGAAUUUUAUGCAAUGUUGGAUUUUGCGGAAUCUUGCCACCUCCACCUCCUUUAGCAUAAUUUCUUCUUCGUGGCCUCACCGAGCUACCCUCUUAAGGAAUUUUUAGCGGUCAAACUGAAGUCUUGUUUCGUUCCUUUUGUUUCUGAACUUAGAUCGCCAUCCUCUCUGACACUCUCCUCUUCGUGGCUCUGCUCAGAGAGGACGAAUCGUCGCAGCGUCGUGUAAGAACAAUCAACUCGCUUUUCCUGUACGCUUCUUCUUCGUUUUUCGUCCUGGAGAUUGAAGCCUCGUUAUGACAGAGCUGCCGCGAUUUCGGGGUAAUUCCAUAUGCUCUCUGGCUGUGUACCUACUGUUGCUACUUCUCCUUCUCUUCCAUCGCUUUUUAUAUCUACCAACACCAAGACAGGUCUUGUUUUGGACAGAACAAGGUCGUUCGACUCUUACAUUUUAAGCGAUUCGAGAUGCGAAGAAAAAUGUUACAAGUUUGGAUUCUAUCGAGUGGAGUAAAAUGAAAUGAAAUCAUAAUCUAUUUCAUGUAAAUCUUAGAGAUCAAACUAGAACGCUCCUUGAGGCUACUGCACUAUAUACAGCUUUGUAUCUGUACAAGACUUACCAACGUAAACUAUACGUUAUCCUAUAAUCCAGCGGUUGAAACAUUAACAGAAUUUAUUACAAUUGUGUAU